GAGCUGACAACUCAUCAAAUACAGAAUAGUAUAUAAAAUUUUCAAGGCAUAGCUGAAACCUGAGAGAUAUAAAUAGCAAAAUAAAUAAAUGACAGCUUAAACCGUUCGAUCCUAUAUUCGGAUCAUUAUUUUUCUUCGUGUGUUUUCAACCAAUCUUGCACGGUCUUGACGCAUCAUGCGCAUAACGUGCUCGAUGCCGUGUCGACGCCGCUCGCUUUCUCGCGACGAUGGUUACGAAUGGUCACGAAUCUGAAUUUUGAUGUACGCUCGUCGUUUGCCACGUGGCGAACACGAAGGAUAUGAUUCUAAGGCGAUUCACUGAGUCUUCCUCAGUUUGCUCUUCGUUGAGAAGACCAUCAGCUUCCAUGUGAAUAAGCAGCGUAUCCCCAUUUGCCGGAGCAGGUGGCCGUGGCGAAGGCAGCUAGUUUUUUUUCCUUAUUUUUCUCCGCAGAAGCAUAUGAUCGCCCAAUAUUGUCAUCGCAAUGAAAGUAACGAAGUCCACUGUUGUUCUUCUGGUCUUCGUGCUGAUACUUUCUAUCUUGGUGGCGAAUGUAGCUGAUCUUAUUAGCGUCGAGUCUCACCUUCAGAACGAGGCUCUGAGGAACAAUAAUGGGGAGGUACAAUGGUCCAGACCGAAGUAUUAUAACAUAGAAGAUUCGUAUGACCAUUUGAUAUGGUUUAUACAGAUAUCUGACAUACAUAUAAGUAUCUUCAAAGAUCCAUCGAGAAUAUCAGAGCUAAAGGAUUUUUGCAAUGUGACAGUAGAUGCAAUUAAACCUGUGGUUGUUCUUGCUUCAGGAGAUCUGACUGAUGCCAAAAAUAAAGAUGAAAUGGGAUCCAAGCAAAUACUUGAAGAAUGGCAGUACUAUAAAUAUGUAAUAGAAGAGACUAAUGUCAAAGAAAAAACGUUAUGGUUGGAUGUCAGAGGAAAUCAUGAUAAUUUUAAUGUGAUCAGUCUCGACGCCAAAAAUAAUUUUUACUCCAAUUAUUCUAUUCAGGGAAAAAAACAUCCCAGAUCCUAUAUGUAUAAUGUUAACGUUGGUUCAGCAACAUACUCAUUUAUUGCAAUUGAUGCCUGUUUGAAGCCAGGUCCUAAAAGACCAUUUAAUUUUGUUGGUAUUUUAGACCAACAUGAAAUUGAUAAAAUACAGCAAUUGGUUAAUCAGUCUAAAACGAGCAAUGCGGAUCAUGCAAUUGUAUUUGGCCAUUAUCCUACGUCGUGUAUAUUAUCACAAUCUGAUACAAAUAUAAGGAAUAUUCUAGGUAGGCACAGAGAAAGUAUGGUGUAUCUAUGUGGCCAUUAUCACAUGCUUGGUGGCAUGGUACCCAACAUGUAUACAUUACAAAAAGCGGGCUUCCUCGAGUUGGAAUUGGCGGAUUGGAAAGAUAAUAGAAUGUAUCGCCUUGCAGCAAUAGAUCAUGGCCAGUUCUCAUUCAUUGAUAUAAAACACAAUGACUGGCCUAUAGCAUUGAUCACUAAUCCGAAAAAUGUACUAUUUAUGAUGCCGCAAAAAGAAAAUUUGAAAUCUAUUGUUACAUCCACGUAUGUCAGAGUGCUGGCGUUUUCUACGGCUUUGAUAAAAACUGUCGAAGUUCAAUUGGACCACGAUAUUUGGCAAAAGUGUAAGCAUAUAAAUGGACCUCUCUACGUAUUGCCAUGGAAUUCAACAAGAUAUAAGGACGGUAUCCAUCAAAUAACAGUACGCGUAGUCGAUGAAAAAGGCAGAGAAAAAAUUGUAUCGCAGUCUUUUUCUCUAGAUGGAUCAUGGUUAUCGUCUCGCAUUUUGCCCAAAUUAAUACUGAUGUUCAACGUCGUUCACAUUUUUCAGUUCCUGUUUGCCGUUGCCUUGGCAUUAACAGUGGUACCACUAUGUUUACUUCGGUUUCUUCAUACGCACUACAAAAAUAAACGUAUACAUCGACCGCGACUACGUAUCAAAUUUUUCCAUUGGUGGCUGAGAAAAUUGUGGAUACUAUCAACCGUUGACAAAGCGUUUUUUGGACUAGUGCUGUACUCAUUAUAUUUAACUAUCGGUCCGUGGACCGUGGGAGAAAUAAUAGAAGAUCACAUAGGUGUGAUCUUCGUGUGGGGGAUAUUCGUCGGAAACAGAUAUCUACCAGGCGGUUUCACUUAUGCCUACGGAUUUUUUCAGUUGUGCUGUUUUCACUUGCCGCUUAUGCUGAUUUUAGCGCAUCAAACUGAUCGUAGAUUACAAGAUGCCGAAAAUUCCACGAGGCAGUCCAUGUCAAAGUUCUGCUUAAUUUGGCAAUGUGUGCCAACUUUGCUGCUAGUCCUGAUGCAAUCCAUUAUGGCCUAUUUCUUAUAUCUGGAGUAUGGUAUAAUAGCGAUACUGUUAUGCCCAUUGCGAAUCGGGAGUAUUAUUAUAGCAGUAUUACUCUACUAUUACGUGAACACAAUGCCACUCUCAUCCUUAAGGUCUGCUGCAUCAGUGUGGUCUCCUCACGGAGCCAUUAAUAACAACAAUGCAAUAUGAGAAAGUUAAUGCGAUUGGAUAUGUCGGUGAGAUUACAUUUCAAACAAUUAAUAUAGUAGUUUUAUAGGAGAGUUUUGAAUAGAGAAUUCUAUUUCCUGUAUUAUACUUCACACAUGGGGUGCGUCCGCGCGGCGCGCUAUCCAGUGCAAAGGCUGUUCGUAAUGCUAACAAACACAAUCGUGACGUCACUGGCUUGCGACAGCAAGCCACUCUUCGAGUAGAAAUGAAGGAGGUAAAUGAUUAGAUGUUAAAAAUAAUUAAAUUAUUUUUUUAUAUAAUUUUUCAAAAAUCUGACAAAUACUGUUUGCAUUUUGUAAUGAAAUCGUAAUGUUCUUUUAAUAAGUGCCACGUUACAAUAUAUACUCAUUAUUUUAUGGACUUAUGUAUCUUAUAAUUGUUCUUAAGGUUCGUAAAUUUUAUGUGAGAAGAGAAACAUAAUUUAAUAAUUAUGUUUGAACUGCAAUGCGCUUUUUAAGCAGAUGUUGCAAUGUGAUAAUUAUCGUUGUCAUAUGAUUUUGCUUUAAUUACUACUCUACUUCCAUAUUGUUCAUAGUUGAAACUGAAGAGUUCCUUAAAAAGAAUGUUACUUUUAUUCUUUUUAUAAUAAAAUUUCAGACUAAGAAGGUCACAGAGACACAAACAAUAUUUAUAUAUUGUAAAUGUUGCUAUGUUUAUACCUCUGUCAUACUUUAUCUCGUCAUUGUAAGAUUACGACGCUGGAGAUAUAUCGAACUACAGAAUGUGAUAUUUUUCAAUUUAAACGACAGAGUUUUAAAAGGCAAAGCUAUAUUGUAAAACUUUAGUCCAGAGUUUUUAGCUGACAGUCCUAAUCACUGUGACAUAUAUUUUUCUACUUCCUUAUAUUCAGAACUCACACUAUAUUCUUUUCACACAGUUGUUACUUUAAAUACUUCCAAAAACAGGCUUCUAUCAAAUUUAUCUAUGUUAAAUGUUUUAACUAUAGUACAUUGCAGAGAUAGCCAAAUUAUAUUAGAUACGCAUAGUUUAAUAGAUUAUCUUUUCGUUUAAAAUGCAUCCUACAAAUGUCUAUUGACAAUCAUAUAUAUUUACCAUGCAAAAGUAUUGUAAUCUAGAAACAGUAAUUAUAUGAAUUGGAACUUUUGUGCCAUUAUAUGCAAUGCAUAACUCGAAAGGAUUGGCUAUCUUUGAUUUAAAAGAAACUAGUGAAAGUAAUAUUCUAUUAAAAUGUGAUUAAAUGCUACCAAAAUACAAUCAAAUGUAACAGCACGUAUGAAAAGGAUUCGCUAGUGUUAUAGUAGGUGACGAAAAUUUUAUGAGAUGUGCGAAGACGUGUGAUUAAUGUAUAUUAAUAAAUGUAAAAUAAAUAAUUGUA